AUGCUGCAGCGCAACCCAGCUGGGGCAAACCGCUGUGAUCCCCCCAGCACCAUGACAGACGGGACCACGCUCGGCAUCGGACUGAAGGCCCGGGCCGAGGCGGCCAAGAUCUACCACACCAACUACGUGCGGAACUCGCGCGCCAUCGGCGUGCUCUGGGCCAUCUUCACCAUCUGCUUCGCCAUCGUCAACGUGGUGUGCUUCAUCCAGCCCUACUGGAUCGGGGACGGCGUGGACACGCCGCAGGCGGGCUACUUCGGGCUCUUCCACUACUGCAUUGGCAACGGCUUCAGCCGGGAACUCACCUGCCGGGGCAGCUUCACGGACUUCUCCAGCCUGCCCUCGGGAGCCUUCAAGGCUGCCUCCUUCUUCAUCGGGCUCUCGAUGAUGCUCAUCAUUGCCUGCAUCGUCUGCUUCAUCCUCUUCUUCUUCUGCAACACAGCCACCGUCUACAAGAUCUGUGCCUGGAUGCAGCUCACCUCGGGUGAGUGGGGGACUCCCGGGGGGGAUACAGGACCUCCAUGGGGGUCACCCCGGCACAGCGCCACCGGAGAAGCAGGGAUGCAUCAGCAUCCCUGGAGCGCGGGCUUGGUGACCCCCGGCUCUGCCCUUGCGCCCUCCUGA